UUAAGUAUUUCCUGUAAUUGUUGUGAAAUUGUGAAAAUGCAGUGUAUGACAAAAAUUGUAAACAAUUAUUUCUGCACUAGUUGAAAUUUCCGGAUUUCAGAUUCACGUUUUAAGAUUGGUUCUUGUGUUUGAUUAGAGUUUGGAGUACAUGAAUCAUAAAGAAACGAUGAUAUAGUUUAUUAUUCUUAAACGAAUUAGAAAUCAUGACAUCUGUUUCCGAAGAAGAGGAGAAUUAUGUCCGGUUAGCGUUGUUGUUAAAAGGAGUGACACCUAGAGCAGUCCGUACUUAUUUUGACAGAGAAUUUCCACCUACCUCUCUACCCUCAACAUUAAGUAGAAGCAACAACACUCUUUUGGACUUAAAAGUUAAGAGAAUCAUAAAUCAGGCUCAGUGGAAUCUUUUGAUUCCAAGAAAUGGGGUUUCGGAUUCCAAAACAUUUGAUGUAACGUUGAUGAUCUGUUUAAUCAGAAACUUGACAUCUAUCAAUCCCCCAAUCAAUGGAUUUGACAGCCUUCCACUGCCAGGGGAGAUAACUCCAGGGUCUGAUCUAGCCAGGAUAAAAUUUUACAGGAAUAAACUAGCUCAUCAUGAUAGUAAUACAAUAGAAACUACUUAUUUCAAUACAGCUUGGAGAGAGUUAUCAGAUGCUGUAGGUCGAUUAGGAGGUCAAACAAUGUAUCAAGAGUGUCAAGGGUUAAAGGUGAAAAUCUUGGACCAGUCUAAUCAGGAAAUUAUGUUGGAAAUCAAACAAUCACUGGAAGAGUUGAAAGAACUGAAACUAGCAAUAUACAACUUGAAUAUGGAACAUUCAAAAGUUAUGGACAUUUUGAAAGAUCCAAUACCAUUGAACAUCAAAGAGCUGUUAAAAAAACAAAUAGAAGACUGGGAAAAGAAAGAUAAGAUGUUCGUGUCUACAAGAGCCAGUGAUUAUGUCAUGGAACAGUUACAGGACAACAGUUGUUUGACAUUAACCGCCCCAUCAGGAGUUGGAAAAUCAUUUAUUGCAAGACACACAGCACUUCUUUUAAAGAAGGAAGGGUACAAUAUAAUACCAGUGUACUCACCAACAGACAUUAGAGAUUAUUAUCAGCCUGAUAAACAGACCGUCUUCAUUGUAGAUGAUAUUUGUGGAAAUUUCACUGCCAACCAACAACAGAUUGAUAACUGGAAACAACUGUUACCUGUGAUUAAAACAAUAAUGGCAGACAAAUGUUGUAAGAUUAUUGUAUCUUGUAGAUUACAAGUCUAUAAAGAUGAAAAAUUUAACUUAUUAUCACCUUUUAAAUCCUGUGAAUGUAAUUUAAUAUCAGAUAAGUUAUGUCUUACAUCUGUAGAGAAAACAAAUAUAGCAAAAACCUAUAUUAGUACAAGUAUGACAGAUAUUGAUGAUUUAUCUUUUAAAUGUGAUUUUUUCCCACUCUUAUGUUCCUUAUAUCAUGAAAAAGAAGAUGUAGAUGUCAAAGAAUUUUUCAAAAAUCCUUUUGAUGUCUAUAAACGUGAGCUAGACAGGUUAAGCGAGCAUGGUGAUGAAGGGAACUAUAAAAUAUGUAGUCUGGCUUUAUGUGUUCUCUUUAAUAAUCAGCUAAGUGAGAAAUGGUUCCAAGGUAAAGUUACAAAUGAACAACGAAAUAUUAUAGAAGACACAUGUGAGGCUUGUAAAUUGAAUAGAGGUACAUCGAAAGCAAAACUUAAAGAGGCUUUUGAUACUCUAGAUGGUACAUUUAUCUAUAAACAGAAUGGUAUUUAUAGAACUGUACAUGAUAAACUUUUUGACUUCCUUGCUCAUUACUUUGGUCAGAAAAUGAUAGAAUGUUUAAUAGACCAUGGUGAUAGUGAUUUAGUACAUGCACGUUUUAUUUGUCAGAAAUCAUCAGAUGACAAGAAUAGUAACAUAGACUUCAUUAUAGAAAUACCAGAUGAUUAUAUAGUAACAUAUUUAGAAAGGUUUAUAAAGGACUGGUCAACAGGAAAGGUGACAGAUGUAUUCACUAACAAUAAUAUGACAGUAUCAUCAUUCAGACACCAGUUAUUACAGUACUUACAACAACUAGAUAGACCACAACAAGUAAUAUUAGCCAUUACCAAGGAUACAGUGGUACCAAAGGAGAAUUGUGGAUCAGGUAAUACUCCACUGAUAUUGAACUGUUAUGGUGGUUAUACAGAUAUGGUACAGUGGAUGUUACAUAAUAAUUUGGAUGUGGAUCAGUGUAGAGAUGAUGGGGUUACUGGACUGUACAUGGCAAGUCAGGAAGGACAUACUGAAAUAGUAAAGUUACUGUUAGAGAAGGAUCCUAAUGUAGAUCUAUGUAACAAGUAUGGCUGGAGUCCUCUGUGCAUGGCAAGUACUAAAGGACAUACUGAUAUAGUAAAGUUACUGUUAGAGAAGGAUCCCAAUGUUGAUCUAUGUAACAAGGAUGGCUGUAGUCCUCAGUGCAUGGCAAGUACUCAAGGACAUACUAAUAUAGUAAAGUUACUGUUAGAGAAGGAUCCCAAUGUUGAUCUAUGUAACGAGGAUGGCUGUAGUCCUCUGUGCAUGGCAAGUAAUAAUGGACAUACUGAUAUAGUAAAGUUACUGUUAGAGAAGGAUCCCAAUGUUGAUCUAUGUAACAAGGAUGGCUGUAGUCCUCUGUGCAUGGCAAGUACUAAAGGACAUACUGAUAUAGUAAAGUUACUGUUAGAGAAGAAUCCUAAUGUUGAUAUAUGUAACAAGGAUGGCUAUAGUCCUCUGUACAGGGCAAGUACUAAAGGACAUACUGAUAUAGUAAAGUUACUGUUAGAGAAGGAUCCCAAUGUUGAUCUAUGUAACAAGCAUGGCUGUAGUCCUCUGUACGUGGCAAGUCAGCAAGGACAUACUGAUAUAGUAAAGUUACUGUUAGAGAAGGAUCCCAAUGUUGAUAUAUGUAACAAGGAUGGCUGUAGUCCUCUGUACAUGGCAAGUCUGGCAAGACAUACUGAGAUAGUAAAGUUACUGUUAGAGAAGGAUCCCAAUGUUGAUCUAUGUAACAAGGAGGGCUGUAGUCCUCUGUAUACAGCAAGUAAUAAUGGACAAACUGAUAUAGUAAAGUUACUGUUAGAGAAGAAUCCUAAUGUUGAUAUAUGUGACAAGAAUGGCUGGAGUCCUCUGUACAUGGCAAGUCUGGCAAGACAUACUGAGAUAGUAAAGUUACUGUUAGAGAAGAAUCCUAAUGUUGAUAUAUGUGACAAGAAUGGCUGGAGUCCUCUGUACAUGGCAAGUCUGGCAAGACAUACUGAGAUAGUAAAGUUACUGUUAGAGAAGAAUCCUAAUGUUGAUCUAUGUAACAAGGAUGGCAAUAGUCCUCUGUACAUGGCCAGUUGGGAAGGAAAUACUGAUAUAGUAAAGUUACUGUUAGAGAAGAAUCCUAAUGUUAAUCUAUGUAACAAUGAUGGCUGGAGUCCUCUGUUAUGUGCAAGUCUGAAAGGACAUACUGAGAUAGUAAAGUUACUGUUAGAGAAGGAUGCCGAUGUUGAUCUAUGUAACAAGGAGGGCUGUAGUCCUCUGUUAUGUGCAAGUCAUAAUGGACAUACUGAUAUUGUAAAGUUACUGUUAGAGAAGGAUCCUAAUGUUGAUAUAUGUAACAAGGAUGGCUGUUACGGUAGUCUUCUUUACAUGGCAAGUCAAAAUGGACAUACUGAUAAAGUAAAGUUACUGUUAGAGAUGGAUCCUAAUGUUGAUCUAUGUAACAAGUAUGGCUGGAGUCCUCUGUGCAUGGCAAGUACUAAAGGACAUACUGAUAUAGUAAAGUUACUGUUAGAGAAGGAUCCCAAUGUUGAUCUAUGUAACAAGCAUGGCUGUAGUCCUCUGUACGUGGCAAGUCUGGAAGGACAUACUGAGAUAGUAAAGUUACUGUUAGAGAAGCAUCCUAAUGUUGAUCUAUGUAACAAGGAUGGCUGUAGUCCUCUGUAUUUGGCAAGUACUAAAGGACAUACUGAUAUAGUAAAGUUACUGUUAGAGAAGAAUCCUAAUGUUGAUCUAUGUACCAAGACAGGUUUCACACCACUUAUCCAGUCAUGUAUCAGUAACCACACCAGUAUAGCACAGCUGUUAAUUAAACAUAAACCAAACAUUAAUGCCCAGACCUAUGAUGGUGGCAGUGCUUUAAAUUUCAGUGCACAGAAUGGAAAUGUAGAAAUAAUGCAGUUACUGUUAGAGAACAAUGCUGACUGUAACAUAUGUGGCCAUAGUAAACAAAAAAUAACAGAUACAUUAAAUAAUGAUUCAUCCCGAACACUAGAUGAAUAUAAACAAGGAUUAUAUGAUGACUUUCUAAAGAAUGCAUUAUCAAAUGUUAGAGAUUAUAUCAGUAAGAAGUCAGCAGAUUAUGUCUUUGGGGUGAAUGCUGGUUCUUCUCCAUUACAUAUAGCCUGUUUUAUGGGUCGAAUAGAUUUAGUCCGUUGUCUUCUUCACCACAAUGCUGACAUCAACAUGACAAAAGAAGAUGGAACUACACCAUUAUUUUAUGCAUGUGAAGUAGGACAUGAGGACAUUCUACGUUUAUUGUUAGAUAAAGGAGCAGAUACACAGAUGUGUAGACUUGAUGGGAAAUCCCCUUUAGACAUUGCAACAGAUAAUGAACAUUCAUCUAUAGUAACAAUGUUAACAAAGCACACAAAGAAGGAGGACAAACUUUCUUCUUAACUCUUGUUCUUUAGUCAGUGGUUUUUCAUGACAUGUAAAAAAAUAUGCAAGGGAUGUUGAAAUGUUUUCUUUUAAACUCUUGUUCUUAUGUCAGUGGUUCUCUAUGACAUUUGAAAAAAAACCAUGCAGGUGGUUUUGAAAUAUCUUCUUAAACUUUUGUUCUUUAGUUUAAUGACAUGUAAACAUACAGCUUUUUUUUUUUUAUUUUCUUGUUGAUUGGUGUUUGUUUAUUAUGUUUUAUAUAUACUUCUAUUAUUUCCAUUAAAUUGUCUCUAACUUUACUAAACACAUGCAGCUUUGCUUACCAUUACACGGAAUAUUAAUAAUUUCUUGAUUUUAUCACCUGGAACAGAAGACCAUAUACAUGCUAUAUAAUUUAGAUGUACUAAAACUAUCCUAGUCAUGCCAAUAAGCACACCCUACUACACUUGGUUAACAUUGUAAUUCUAUCAUUACUUAGUAGUUGUUUUCUAAAGACAUAUUUCUUUAUACUUGAUGAGUCCUGUCAGUUUUUGUCUUAUUUGAUGCUCAUAUUAAAAGAUUCUCAUUUUUACAGAUUGUAUGACAUUUUUACACUGUUGACUACCAUUGAUGUUUAUUUCUAUAUUGGUUCAUGUUUUCAUUUGUAUAUGUAUUUCUCUACCGUUUCGAUCCCUAACAUCACUGAAGAGACAUAUAUUGUCGAAAUCUAGAUCUGGUGUACUAAAGAAAUAUUGACACCGAAUGUUUGUGGCACAACAUCGUAGCCACAAGUUAACAUUUUUUUUUUCUUUCUGUGACGUAUUAAAUUUAUAUUCAGAUCCAUUUUGUUACAUCUUGUGAUCAAUUGUAUUUGGCAAUCGUCAAUGGCAGUCAGCAGGGUUAAAGAACAUCAGUUGUUCGACCUGUUAGUCAAAUGCGUUUUGUUUAAAUAUACUUUUUCACUUUUUUGGUCUUUUGGAAAAUGUUGUUUGUGCUGUUUUUAGACCCUUCUACAACGAAAUUUGUUUGACAUGCACACGUAUAAAAAUUGCGGUUUUUAUCCAACGCAAUCAUAGGUUUGAACGUAGUUUUCAAUUUAGACUCGUUUGUAUUUCUCUAUAUAUAUCUUUGUCCCUUGUAUAAGUGUGACAUAUACUUGUUUCGUCAAUUUUGACGGUGUUUACCAUUUUGGAGUUAUGUUGAUGUAGAUGAAUAAUUAUGGCAAUCUACCAAUUGAUAAAUUACAACACAAUAAUGAAAAAAUGUUGAAGUCUAUUCUGUUCUUGGGGUCAAAAGACAGUCAUCAAAAAUAGCUAGACGACUUGAAUAUAACAGAAGUCUAAUAUUGAUUUUCUCAUUAUGUUUAAUGUAUAAUUAGUAUAUGAGACUACUUAAAAUACAUAGAGAUAUAAUAGUAUAUAGUGUGUUUACUGCAGAUCAAGAAUAAUCUCAAGAAAACUCAAAAUGCUGGUUUUCUACCCUAAAUAAAAUAAAAAAUAAAAAAAGUACUUUAAGAAUGGUCUAAUAAGAUAUCAUAAUCAACAAUCUGACUCACACCUGCAAAAAAUAAAGUCUAGAGAUGUGGACAAUAAAUUGAUGCUUUUCAGUAAUAUUUUUGUUCUAAAUUUUGUUACCUUCUAUCUUGAAACUACCAAAACUAUAAAAAGUAAAAAAAAACCAAAUACGUCAGUGCUAAUUGUUUAAAUAUAGAGCGGGGUAGAUAUAACAAACCCAAAAUUCCAAGAAAAGAACUCUGCAUUGAAGCAGAGACAGAAGAAUAUUAAUAUAUAAUUACAUUAGAUGUAUGUUUCAUUAUAAUACUUUAUUUUGAUUGGCUAACUACACAUCACGUGCUAUUCCGUAGGUAAUUGCAUCACUCAAUAACACUUUUCAUUCAUGAAAGCACGUGGUCCCACAAUAAAGUGCACCGGUGAAUAAAAUACAAAAUUUAUAAAAUUCGUGUUUUCAUGAUCAUAGCUAAAAAAUGUAAUUAUAAGUAUUGAAUGCUUCUUUUUGUAACUUUAUAGGGUUGUAAAAGCGUUGACUGUGUGCACAUUUUUAGUAUGAAGCGCUUCCACGCUUCAUACAAAAUGUACUUCCGUCAACGCUUUUACACCCCAAUAAAUUUACAAAAAGAAGCAUUCAAUUCUUAAAUAAAGAUAAAGAUAAGGCAAACUUUUUUCCAAUCUUAUGGUGUGAAAGAUUCGCAUAAUAAUUAUUUUUUAGUUUCUUAACUUUUUAAUCCACAAAAUAUUAUAUAAAGAAACAACUGUUAAAAUUAUGUGUUUAAUUGUAUUAUUUUAUACUACAUGUAAAACCUUGAAAUGUUGUUUUGUUU